GGUUGACAGACCCAGCGAUCGAGCAGGUCUGAGAUCUGAGUCAGUCCGGGGAGCUGUGGUCUGGGGGUCCUGUACCUCUUGGAAGGCCCUGCCUUCUGAACGGACAUACAGAGGUGGAGGCUUGAGGGAGCGCCGGAAGGCGCUGCCCAGGCUCCCAGUGCCCGGAACUAGAUCCGAUAUCCCCGCGUUCUGCCUGCCAAGCUACCCAUGUCCAGCUACAGGGUCUGAGCAUCAGGUCCCAGUGCAAAAAAAGGUCUGCUGGGCCAGCAGCUGAAGCACAGGAACCCCCGAACUGCAGUAGUUGUAGACCGGCUGGCUGGCAGGAGACCAAGCAUUGUGAAUCACCUCAAGGUGACAGUGGGGUCAAAAGCAGGGGUGUGUGCAGCGACUCAUACCCUAACCUGUCAGCAGGCACGACGAAGGGAAGGGCCUGGCCUCUGCCUCCCCACAGCUAUGGACUGACAAGCCGGCGCAUGCUGAGGGGCUCUCUCUCUCCGGAGCUGCAGAGCGUGUGGCUUUCACCAUGCUGGCACCAGGCAGUGGCUCAGAGCAGAGGAGCAAGCUUGCCCUGCAGUGGAAGCAGGUCUCCUGGAUCACCUGUUGGAUCGCCCUGUGUGCUGUGGAGGUGCUCCCUGCCUGCCCUUUCUCUUGCACGUGUGACAGCCGAAGCUUGGAGGUAGACUGCAGCGGCCUGGGCCUCACCACUGUACCCCCAGACGUGCCCGCUGCCACCCAAAGCCUUUUGCUCCUCAACAAUAAACUGAGUGCCCUGCCAAGCUGGGCGUUCGCCAACCUGACCAACCUGCAGCGGCUGGACCUGUCCAACAACUUUCUGGACCAGCUCCCCCGAUCGGUUUUCGAGGACCUGGUCAAUCUGACGGAGCUCCAGCUGCGGAACAACAGCAUCAGGACCCUGGACAGGGACCUGCUCCAGCACGCCCCUCUGCUGCGCCAUCUGGAUUUGUCUAUCAAUGGCUUGGCCCAGCUGCCCCAAGGGAUUUUUGACGGGCUCCUGGCCCUGCGGUCCUUGUCCCUCCGCUCCAACCGUCUACAGAGCCUGGACCGGCUGACGUUUGAGCCCCUGGCAAGCCUGCAGCUGCUUCAGGUCGGGGACAACCCGUGGGAGUGUGACUGCAACCUGAGGGAGUUCAAACACUGGCUGGAGUGGUUCUCCUACAGAGGGGGGCGCCUGGACCAGCUUGCCUGCACCCUACCCAAGGAGCUAAGGGGGAAGGACAUGCGUGCGGUCCCAAUGGAGAUGUUUAACUACUGUUCCCAGCUGGAGGACGAGAACAACCCUGCCGGGCUGGAUGCUCCAGGCCCGCCCUGCACCAAGGCCAGCCCGGAGCCUCCUAAACCCAAGCCUGGGGCCGAGCCUGAGCCUGAGCCCAGCACUGCCUGCCCUCAGAAGCAGAGGUACCGGCCCGUGAGCGUUCGGCGAGCCAUCGGCACAGUGAUCAUCGCGGGGGUCGUGUGCGGCAUUGUCUGUAUCAUGAUGGUGGUGGCUGCUGCUUAUGGCUGCAUCUAUGCCUCCCUCAUGGCCAAGUACCACCGAGAGCUCAAGAAGCGCCAGCCGCUGAUGGGGGACCCCGAGGGUGAGCAUGAAGAUCAGAAGCAGAUCUCUUCUGUGGCGUGAGAGCUGUCUGUCUGGCCCAGGUAGGACAGCAAGGAGACUCCAUGGGACCGCUACCGAAAGGGCUGCCCUUCCCUCCAUCACAGGCCCUGUCUCAGCCUGACACUGGUACUGCCUCCCCUCAGCUCCCCGGUCCUCGUCUGCCUCAAGUAGAGCAGCCUUCCAGUCUCUUUCCAAGUUUCUCAGAAGCUUCCCUUGGGCCAAAGAUUCCCGUGGAAGGCCUCCUCUGGGCUUCCUGUCUUUGCAAGGAACACCUGGGCCUCCCCGUAGGCUUCUGGCCACAGGGAGGAAAGGGCCUAUGCCAGAGACACCUUUUGCAUUGAGCCCUUCCCUCCUGCCCAGGGCCAGCACAGCCAGGGACCCUCCCUACCUCUCACUCAUUCCUACUUCAGUCUGCAUUAGGGCCUGGGAGGGAGGGACAGGGGAGCCAGAGGUAGAUUUCUGUGACUCCUUUCAAAGCCAGAAAGAUAGUCUUAAGUCCUUGCAGUGUGAAGCUUGCCCAGCUCUCAGCGGCUGGUGCCAAUGUGCAAACGCCCCCUCCCUGUGGUCGGGGUCCAGUGCUUAGAAAAACCAAAGUGACUAUAAUGUCCUCCUUAGGUGGAUGUCAUUAUGUCCCUUUAUUUGCUAUAGGCCCCUCUGACUACAUUGUUCCGAGUUUAGUAAUUACACGUUUUUGUUCUAGUGUGGGGUUUUGAGACGGGGUCUUACUCUAUACACUAAUUCUCUGUCACACACAUGGCAUCACUGUCACAGUCGCACAGAUCAAAGUCUCACACCACACACACGCACACACACACACACAUGUCAGGUGGAAACAGAGGCCAUAAGAACUUGGCGCAGAGGCCAGCUGUCCCCUGAGACCAAAGGCCACUGUCUCUCUUACUUCCUGACUACAGUCUUCCCAUGUUAUCAGGGGUUGGGUCCUGGACAGUAACACAGGGAUCCUUUGAGACCCUCUAAAGUGGGCCCAAGUAUGCUGCUAGAGGAAUUGCCCGUUGCCACGGCAACCCUAACACCUCUCCUGCCAGGUUUACCAGAGCUCUCUCUCUCUCUCUCUCUCUCUCCCUCUCUCUCUCUCUCUCUCUCUCUGUGUGUGUGUGUGUGUGCGCGCACACACAUGCACGUGCAGGAUGGGUUCUGGGCUUCUGAGAGCUCAGUUGCAGACCCCUGGAAAUGCCUGGGAACCUCCUCCCCGCCAGGUUUUCUACUCCUGCAGCCCGAAGCCUCAGUUCUGUUCCUUUGCUUCUCCUGUCUCCUCUGUCAUCUGCAUCUUUUGUUUGUGACCUCAAGGCUGGGUCUCGGCUGUGCUCAGAGAUCUCCUUAAGGCUCACACCUUAAGGAGAGCAGAUGUCAGGCAGUAAGCCCUCAAUGAGGCUGGCUGCCUUCAGCAGAUCCCCAGCAGACUGCAGGAACAGGAACAGGAUGGCUGCAUUCUGUUCAGAGUCCUCAGCGACCGGGCUUCCUUUCCCAGGGGCUCAUCGGCUCUGCCUGGCUUCCUGGGAGCAUGCAAUUUGCACCUGGACUAUCUGAGCUAAAAAAAAAAAAAAAAAAAAAAAAAAAAAAAAAAAAAAAGUGCUGCAGUCCUAACUGGUAUGGAGACUCUUACCCCUGGGCUGGGCACAUUUUCAGGGUCACUGUCCUCUGUUCUCAACUGUACCCUCCUUAGAAAGUGGUAUCCCUCUUCAGGAGAUGCCAGGCUGAUCUCUUGCCCCAAGCAGGGUCUUGGUGGUAGCCAGAAACAGGCCAGCCAGGCACUUAGACACUGAUGAUUCUCCUACGGGGGCCCCUGGUAGCCCUUCUCCUUCUCCUCUGUCACCUACUCUGCUAGUAGGGGUAUGUUCUGGGAGUCUCAGGAGAGGCUUCAAGGUUGUCCUCUGGCUAGGAGAAAUAGGGCACAGGCUGCUAGCAGUCCAGGAUCCCAGGAUCCUCUAGGCCGGGCCACAGUCUUCCUUCCUCUUUUGGCUAGUGGGCCAAUCCCAGAGCCGGGAUUUUCUAAGGGCCUGGGGGAGGGAGGGUGUUGUCAGUGGUGAUAUCUUUAGCCUGAGACAGGAGAUUUUUAAAGGCAAAAUUAUAUUUCUGGUUUGUCGUUUCAGAAGACCAAUAAAGACUAUUUUCCUAUGUA